AAUAUGGGGUCUGUCACCGGAGCUGUACUCAAGCUGAUACUUCUGAUAUCUACUCUCAGUUGGAACAGGGUCCUAAGUGGGAAUUCCUAUGACUGUGACGAGCCUCUGGUACCUGCCUUGCCACAGGCAUCAUUCAGCAGUUCUUCUGAGCUAUCGAGCAGCCAUGGUCCUGGAUUUGCAAGGCUCAAUAGGAGAGAUGGAGCUGGAGGCUGGUCUCCUCUUGUGUCCAACAAAUACCAGUGGUUGCAGGUCGACAUUGGAGAGAGAAUGGAGGUCACUGCCAUUGCCACCCAAGGCGGGUACGGGAGUUCCAACUGGGUGACCAGCUACCUGCUGAUGUUCAGCGACAGUGGCAGGAACUGGAAACUAUACCGCCAGGAAGACAGCAUCUGGGGAUUUUCAGGAAACACAAAUGCAGACAGUGUUGUGUACUAUAGACUCCAGCCUUCUAUCAAAGCCAAAUUUCUGCGCUUCAUCCCUUUAGAGUGGAACCCCAAGGGCAGAAUUGGACUGCGAAUCGAGGUGUUUGGAUGUGCAUAUAGAUCAGAGGUUAUUGAUCUUGAUGGAAGAAGCUCCCUUCUUUACAAAUUUGAUAAAAAAUCCCUGAGCCCGAUAAAAGACAUUAUUUCUUUGAAAUUUAAAACCAUGAAGAGUGAUGGGAUUCUACUCCACCGAGAUGGGCAGCAUGGGGACCACCUCACACUGGAAUUACGAAGAGGGAGACUCUUUCUACUGAUCAAUUCAGGUGAAGCUAAGCUGCCCUCUAGCCAGAGCCUGGUCAAUCUCUCCCUGGGCAGCCUUCUGGAUGACCAGCACUGGCAUUCAGUGCUCAUCCAGCACUUGGGCAAACAAGUCAACUUCACAGUGGAUGGACACAGUCAUCGCUUCCAGAUGCAGGGGGAGCUCACGUACCUGGAUCUUGAUUAUGAGAUCAGCUUUGGAGGGAUUUCAGCACCUGAAAAAUCAGUAUCCUUCUCCCAGAAAAAUUUUCACGGGUGUUUAGAAAAUCUCUAUUAUGAUGGAGUGGAUAUCAUUGAUCUGACCCGGGGACACAACCCUCAGAUCAUCACUACGGGCAAUGUGUCGUUUUCUUGUUCACAACCACAGUUAGUGCCUGUGACUUUUCCAAGCUCCAGGAGCUACCUUGCACUCCCAGGCACAUCUGGAGAGGAUGUGGUUUCUGCUGCUUUUCAGUUUCGAACUUGGAACAACGAAGGACUGCUCCUCUUCACGGAACUUCAUCUGGUCUCAGGAGGUCUCCUCCUCUUUCUUAAUGAUGGAAAACUUAGACUGAACCUCUUCCAGCCAGGAAGGCUACCCAGCGACCUCACAGCAGGUCCUGCAGUAAAUGACGGGCAAUGGCAUUCCAUCACUGUGUCUGCCAGACGGAAUCACCUGAGCAUGACGGUGGACGGCCAGCUGGCCUCGGCUGCUCCCUCCUUGGGGCCUGAGCAGAUUUACUCAGGUGACACCUAUUAUUUUGGAGGUUGUCCUGACACCAGCUCUGGAUCCCGGUGUGACAGUUCCCUUGCUGGGUUUCAGGGCUGUAUGAGGCUCCUUUCCAUCCACGACAACAUGGUGGACUUGAUUGCAGUUCAGCAGGGUGCCCUGGGGAACUUCAGCGAUCUUCAAAUAGACUCCUGUGGUAUCACAGAUCGGUGUUUACCCAACUACUGUGAGCAUGGCGGCGAAUGUUCCCAGUCCUGGAGCACCUUCCACUGCGAUUGUGCCAACACAGGUUACAGCGGAGCGACUUGCCAUAACUCUGUCCAUGAGCGGUCAUGUGAAGUCUAUAAACACAGAGGAAACACUUCAGGAUUUUACUAUGUAGACUCCGAUGGAAGUGGCCCCCUGAGACCAUUUCUUGCGUAUUGCAAUAUGACUGAAACUGCCUGGACCGUCCUGCAACACAAUGGCUCUGACUUAACCAGAGUCAUGGGCGCUCACCCAGAGAGCCCACACGUUGGGGUUUUUGAGUACACAGCCAGCAUGGAUCAACUUCAGGCCACAAUUAACCUCGCAGAGCACUGUGAACAGGAGCUUGCUUACUACUGCAGGAAGUCACGGCUUGUAAAUAAGCAAGAUGGAACCCCUCUGAGCUGGUGGGUUGGCAGAACCAAGGAAAUGCAGACUUACUGGGGAGGUUCUAUGCCCGAUUCUAAACAAUGCACCUGCGGAUUCCAGGGGACCUGCAUUGAUUCUCAGUUUUACUGCAACUGUGAUGCUGACCGGAACGAAUGGACCAAUGACACUGGAUUCCUUUCUUAUAAAGAACAUCUGCCAGUAACUAAGAUAGUGAUCACAGACACAGGCCGACCACAUUCAGAAGCAGCUUAUAAACUGGGGCCUCUACUCUGCCGGGGAGACAGGUCAUUUUGGAAUUCUGCUUCCUUCAAUACUGAGGCUUCCUACCUUCAUUUCCCUACUUUCCACGGAGAGCUCAGUGCUGAUGUGUCUUUUUUUUUUAAGACAACAGCUUCAUCUGGAGUAUUUUUAGAGAACCUGGGGAUUACCGAUUUUAUACGGAUAGAGCUACGCUCUCCGGUGGAAGUGACCUUUUCAUUUGACGUGGGGAAUGGGCCUUUUGAGAUCUCAGUGCGGUCACCCACUCACUUCAAUGACAACCAGUGGCACCACGUUAGAGUCGAAAGGAACGUGAAAGAGGCGUCCAUUGGAGUGGAUCAGCUCUCUCGAAAGACGCAGCCUGCCCCCGCCGAUGGGCAUGCCUUGUUACAGCUCAACAGCCAGCUGUUUGUCGGCGGCACGGCCACCAGACAGCGGGGCUUCCUGGGCUGCAUCCGGUCUCUGCAGUUGAAUGGGCUGGCCUUGGAUCUGGAAGACAGAGCCACAGUGACCCCCGGUGUGGAGCCAGGCUGUGGAGGACACUGUGGCAGCUAUGGGAAACUGUGUCGCCAUGGGGGGAAAUGCCGAGAGAAGCCCAGCGGAUUCUCCUGUGACUGCACUUUCUCAGCCUACACAGGACCCUUUUGCUCCAAUGAGAUUUCUGCCUAUUUUGGAUCGGGCUCAUCCGUGAUUUACAAUUUUCAAGAGAAUUAUUCCUUAAGUAAAAAUUCCAGCUCCCACGCUGCCUCAUUUCACGGUGAUAUGAAGCUGAGCCGAGAAGUGAUCAAAUUUAGCUUCCGAACAACACGAACGCCAAGCUUGCUGCUUUAUCUGAGCUCCUUUUAUAAAGAAUACCUUUCAGUUAUCAUUGCCAAAAAUGGGAGUUUGCAGAUCAGGUAUAAACUCAACAGGCAGACGGAACCUGACGUUCUCAGCUUUGAUUUUAAAAACAUGGCCGACGGGCAGCUUCACGGCGUGAAGAUUGACAGGGAAGAAGGAGAGGUGUUUGUAGAGGUAGAUGAGAGUGCCAGGAGACAAGUCCACUUGUCGUCAGGUAGAGAGUUCAGUGCCGUCAAAUCGCUCGUACUGGGCAGGAUCUUAGAGCACAGCGAUGUGGACCAGGAGACGGCACUGGCUGGUGCGCACGGCUUCUUGGGCUGCCUCUCUGCCGUGCAGUUCAGCCACGUGGCCCCUCUGAAGGCUGCUCUGCACCCCAGCCACCCAGCUCCCGUCAUUGUAAAGGGACAUGUGACCGAGUCCAGCUGUGUGGCCCAGACUGGCCCAGACGCCACAUCAAGGGAGAGGACUCACUCCUUUGCAGAUCAUUCUGGAACAGCUGAUGACAGAGAACCCACAGCUAAUGCAAUCCGGAGGGACUCGGCAGUAAUUGGAGGUCUGAUAGCAGUUGUGGUCUUCAUCUUGCUCUGCAUCGCUGCCAUAGCUGUGCGCAUUUAUCAGCAGAAAAGGUUAUACAAGAGAAAUGAGGCAAAAAGGUCAGAGAACGUAGACAGUGCGGAGGCUGUUUUGAAAAGUGAGCUUAAUGUACAACAUGCAAUUUAUGAAAAUCACAAAGAGUACUUCUUCUGA